UGAGCCGGGAGCAGCCACCUGGGGCCUGCGUCCUACAGCAGUCAGGGCCUGAGAACUGCCUCCGAGGAGUGAAACAGAGCCCAACCAGGCAUGCUGGGCCCUCAGUGCUGAGGCCACUGCAGGACAUGGAGGACACGGCUGAGGUGACCACUGAGGAGCCGACCCCAAUGGGCAGGGAGCUUGCAGGGUCCUCGGGAGGCAGCGGCAGCAGGGAUGAGGGCCAGACUUUGGCCACGAGCUCACCCACUGGCUCGGGGCGAGCGGGGCCUGAGGAGGCCACGGCUACUGUCAGAGGCGGAGCCUGCUGGGUUGCAGAAGGAGUUCCUCCCCUGGGUGUCGCUGGGCCUGCUGCUGGGAGCCCACCUGGCCAGACAGGAGCAUAUCCCACAGACUUGACCUUGCAGCUGCUGGCUGUGCGGAAGAAGAGUGGGCUGCCAGACCCUGACAUGCAGCAGAUCCUGCGGGGCCGGCUCCGACUGCUGGAGGGCGACAGUAGGGAGGUGGCGCGUGCGCUGGGGGAAUUGUCAGCGCGGCUGUUGUCUAUCCACAGCGACCAGGAUCGGAUUGUGGUAAUGUUUAAGACUUUUGAAGAAAUCUGGAAGUUCUCCACCUACCAUGCUCUUGGCUUCACACACCACUGCCUGGAAAACCUGCUCAUGGACCAGAACUUCUGGCUGCUCUCGCCCAGUGAGGAGGAGGAGACGGCCAUCCGAGUCCACGUGGAUGAAAAUGCCUUGAAGUUGACCCACGAGAGCCUGCUCGUCCAAGAAGGGCCCUUCUUUGUACUGUGUCCUGACCACCACGUGAGAGUGACAACUGGCCCUCAGGGUGCAGGGAGAGGCCCUCAGCCCUUCAGGCGAGCUUCAGGGGGUUCCCAAGGAGAGGUGGCCCCAGAAGCUGGUCCUUUGGUGAGCCCCAGCGUGUCCUCUGAGGAGUUGGCAGUGGUGCCCCUGGAACCUCUGAUCCCGUUUCAUCAGUGGGCUCUCAGGGUCCCCUGGGACCCCAUCGAUGACUCUGUGGGUGAACAAGUGACCCCCAACACCCCGCUGAUGGCUGUGGGCCUGGCCUCAGCAGUGGCAGACAGCCAGGGCUCAGGGCCUGAAGAAAUGACCUUUCAAGGUGGCGACCUCAUUGAGAUCCUCGGUGCCCAGGUGCCUGGCCUGCCCUGGUGUGUGGGCCGACACAUAGCCUCAGGCCAAGUUGGGUUUGUGCAGACUCAUCUCAUCAGCGCUCAGGGCCCAGUGUCCAAUUUGGAAAGUGUGAUCUUCCUCAGUGAGGAAGAACGGUCAUUCUUCAGCAACGAGGACCACUUUUCUGAAGAAGAUGCCAGGCGGUUACUGAGGAGGAUGUCAGCCGUGGACGUGUGCAUGGCAUACGACUUGGACAGAUUAGAAGAAACUGAGCUUGAGAAGCCAGAAAGACAAGAAAUGCCUCCACCUUGCCUGGACCCAGACCCACAUGAGACUCUGCAAAAGGUGAAGAAUGUUCUAGGACAAUGCAAGACCUGCCCAAGCUGCCCUGAGGAGCUAGUGUCCUGGGGUCUCCAUGUGGCAUCCAGUGAAGUGAGUUCACUGGACACCAAGGAACCAUCUUUCCACCUGGACACCGAGGAUGACUGGACCAACACCGAGGCCCUGGGCCCACUGCUGCAGGCCCUGAACGCCCCCGGUUACCAGGCCUGCUUCCGUGGCCUGUAUGACGCCACACUGUCAUGGCUUAGUAGUGUGUUCUCCAGCUUCACCGACGAGGAAGAGCUGGCUGGGUGCCUGGCACAGGCCCGGGGGGCAGCCAAGAAAGCCGGCUUGCCUAUGGCCCUGGCAAGACUCUGCUUCCUUUUGGGCCGGCUGUGCGCCAGAAGGCUCAAGCUGUCCCAGGCCCGGGUGUACUUCGAGGAAGCCCUGGGAGCUUUGGGGGGAAACUUCAGGGACCUCUCCCUGGUGGUGGCCGUGUAUGCCAAUCUGGCCACCAUUUACCUAAAGCAGAAGAACAGGGAGAAGUGUGCGCAGGCGAUGCCCAAAGCUGCAGCCCUGCUCCUGGGGACACCCGGCCACAUCUGUGGCUCCGAGGCAGAGGCUGAGCUCCUGAGGUACGCGCUGCGGCGGGCUGUGGGUGGCCAGAGUCUCCAGGCCGAGGCUCGGGCCUGCUUCCUGCUGGCCAGGCACCACAUCCACCUCAAGCAGCCCGAGGAGGCCCUGCCCUUCCUGGAGAGGCUGCUGCUUCUGCAUAGGGACCUGGGGACCCAGGAAGCCUUGUGGCCCUCAGACUGUUACCUGCUCCUGGCAGACAUCUAUAGCCGGAAGUGCCUGCCCCACCUGGCCCUUAGCUGUAUCAAGGUGGCCUCACUGCAGACACGGGGCUCCCUGGCCAGCUCACUGAGGAGCGUGGACCUGGUGCUCUGGAAUGCUCCCCGGCUCCACAGCCAGAGGCAGGCAGCCCACAGUCUCCCCUCCCAGACUGCCCACUACCUCAGGCAGGCGUUGGCGUCCCCAUCCUUGAGCACAGUGUGUGCCCUGCGUGGCCCCCUCUACGCCAGCCUGGCCCAGUUGCACAGCUACCACGGGCAGCACAGGCCAGCCAUCACCUUUAUGAUGCAGGCGGUGGAAGCUGAUGCUGUGGCUGGAGUCCACCUUGCUGUGGACCACCUGGUGGCCCUCGCUUGGCUGUAUGUGCUUUAUGGGCAGAGCCAAGUGGCCCUGGACAUCCUAGAGUCCAUCCUGGAUGCAGAAGUGGCCAGUGAGGGCCAGGAAGGUGUGAUCACCAACAUGGCAGCCGUGGCCUUGAGGAGGACAGGCAGGACCCGGCAGGCAGCUGAGGGCUACUACCGUGCCCUGCACCUGGCCAGGGGCCUGGGCCAGCUACAGAACCAGGCAGUGGUGCUGGCCAACUUUGGGGCGCUGUGUCUGCACGUGAGGGCCAGUAGGCUUGCCCAGCACUACCUCCUAGAGGCUGCCCAGCUCUUCUCACGGCUGCCCAGCAGGGAGUGUGGCCGGGACUUCACCCAGGUGCUCCUGCAGCUGGGCCACCUCUGUACUCGCCAGGCCCUUCCCCAGCAGGGCAAGUGCUACUACGAGUGGGCCUUCCUGGUCGCUGUGGACACGGACCACCUGGAGAGCCAGCUGCAAGCCGUCCAGUGGCUGUGCCACUUCUACAGCACCGUCAUGCCCAGCGAGGCCCAGUGUGUCAUCUACCAUGAGUUCCAGCUCUCGCUGGCCUGCAGGGUAGCCAACAAGGUUCUGGAGGGGCAGCUCCUCGAGACCCUCAGCCAGCUCUACCUGUCUCUGGGCACUGAGCGGGCCUACAAAUCUGCCCUGGACUAUACCAAGCGGAGUCUGGGGAUAUUCAUCGACCUCCAGGAGAAGAAGAAGGAGGCGCAUGCCUGGCUGCAGGCUGGGAAGAUCUACUACAUCCUGCGGCAAGAUGAGCUGGUCGACCUGUACAUCCAGGUGGCGCAGAAUGCAGCCUUAUACACGGGUGACCCGCACCUGGGGCUAGAGCUGUUCGAGGCAGCUGGAGACAUCUUCUUCAAUGGGACCUGGGAGCGGGAAAAAGCCGUGUCCUUCUACCGGGACCGGGCGCUGCCCCUGGCGGUGACUACAGGCAACCAAGAGGCGGAGCUACGGCUGUGCAACAAGCUGGUAGCACUGUUGGCUGCACUGGAGACGCCACAGGAGGGUCUGGAGUUUGCACACACGGCCCUAGCGUUAAGCAUCACCCUGGGAGACCGGCUGAAUGAGCGCGUGGCCUACCACCGGCUGGCCACCCUGCACCACCGGCUGGGCCACGGAGAGCUGGCCGAACACUUCUACCUCAAGGCACUGUCACUCUGCAGCUCACCGCUGGAGUUUGAUGAGGAGACUCUGUACUACGUGAAGGUGUACCUGGUGCUUGGGGACAUCAUCUUCUAUGACCUCAAGGACCCCUUUGACGCCGCUGGGUACUACCAGCUGGCAUUGGCGGCGGCUGUGGACCUGGGCAACAAGAAGGCCCAGCUGAAGAUCUACACGCGACUGGCCACCAUCUACCACAACUUCCUCCUGGACCGUGAGAAGUCCCUCUUCUUUUACCAGAAGGCGCGGACCUUUGCCUCUGAGCUCAACAUCCGCAGGGUCAGCCUGGCUCCCCCGCGGUUCUGUGGGCGCGCCCCCUGGCUGGCACCCAGUCACCCACCCUAAAGAUGGUUUCCGGGCAGUGGGAUUUGUGCAAGGGGGUCCCUUGACGCCCCUAAAAACUCUGGACACCUCAUUUUUUGAGAAAUGGAGGCACAAAAGCAGGGGUCAAAUAACAAUAAAUGUUUUUUUCAGUAACUUA